AUGGUGCCUCCGCUCUCCGUUUCGUCGUUCCCUGACCUUCUGCGCCUGCCCACUUCGGACCUCGAUAUCCCAGCACCACCCUCAUCAGACCCCGUUUUAUCUAUCAAGAAACGCAGAAGACACCCUUCAGCCCUCUUUCUGAAAACUACCGAUGGACUUGUUCAGGGCCAUCCGUUUUCUGCAGCAGACAGCGACCCGGACGACUCGCCCAGCAGUCCGAUCCUAUUCCGACAAUCGGACGAACUCGAGAGGAGGCGCAGUCUGAGGACAGACCACAUUCGCCGAUACAAGUUUCCCGCCCCUGCGGCGACACCAGGCGGGACGUCGACCAGUCCUGAGACCGCAUCUUUUCCCUCUACACCCCGUUCAACGAAGGAGAGCAUUGCCUGCUUCAGGUUGUCACGCAGCGCCCUGAGCAGGUCGCCCAGUCCUGACAUGGACAUUACUCAUUGCUCGGGCAGCUGGGUGGACACCAGAGGCUUACUUCCCCCUCUACCUCCUCUCCCAAAUGUAUCAAAAAUCGACGAGAAGGAGACUUCGACGAUAUACUACGUCGAGGAUGAUGAGUCGGACAAUCGUCCAGUGGAGGGCACUGCAGAUGAGCUGGAGUUCGUUGAUCCUUCGCCCACAGACUCAUUGUUUUCGGUGUCUUCUUUCGACUCCUGCAUCUUGGACUGGAAGGAUGACAUCCGUGUGGGAGGGAAUGUGCGUUAUGCUCCGACUACGGCGAGAGCACGUUCAUUCGACGGCGUGCGUCCGUCUUUACCUUCGCGACAGUUCUCGAAGCCACUUUCCUUCGCCACCUUCACAACGCCCUUAAUAUUACCCUCUGUGAACCCUCACAUUGCCGUCGCGCCUACCACUCCUUUGCCGACCCCUUGCUCAAGGGCGAAACUGCGGUUUGGCUGCAGGGGAAAGUCCGCUACUGCUCCUCCCGAUCUCGGCUCUUCAUCUUCACUCGUUGAAGAUGUCAAAACCGGCUCUGAGCGUGCGCGCAGCCCUAGCAACAUGCUCAAGCUGCGGCUGAAGCGGAUGAGGUCCCAAAAAGCAUUGUUCUGUCGACGCACACCUCUUGCUUCUGAGUCCUUCGACACUGCCGCAGACACGGAUGCAGACAUGGCUUGCGAUGAUUUCUCAGCCUCUCCUUCCGUGUCUAGGAUGAGCUCAGGGACGUUGGGACGCGAGCCUUCACCCUGCUCUUCCAUUCCCUCCGCUAGGCCCAUCCGUGAGUGUACCUCGUCCCACGGCUCCGACAUUUCCGUCGUGGAUUUGCCCCUCUACGACGUGUCGAUUCCCGCACCCUCACGUUCUGCCGACCUCGCUGCCGAUGAGCCUCUGGCUUGCGGGUCCGUCUCGCGCAGCAAGCUGAUAGGGCGGAGCGUGGAGGUCGCGGUGGCUACCGCGACACUGUUCGGGGACGUGCUCGAGGAGCGCGACAUCUCCGACGUGAUUCCACGGCUGCGGAUGCUGCGGGUGUCGUCGCGGUCGAGGCUGUGGUGA